AGAGGUAGUUCGCGCGCGCGAAGUGUGUUGGCUCCGCAGAAUUCAACAACAAGAAGGCGCGUGUGUGAAGGAGAGUAUUUUAGUAUGUGUGCUGCCAGAGUGACCACAGGAGUUAGUCACUUUAAACACCGGAUGUUCUCUAAACCUUUGGUUAUGGAAUACUUGGCUCAUCCUGGUAUACUAAGCCUGGCUGCUGGAGUUGCUUGUGGCAUCUGCCUUGGCUGGGGCCUCCGAGUACGCUUUGGGAUGCUCUCUGAAAACUCAACGAGUCAGACACACACAGAUACUGGAACUGAAGCAAGCAUCUUGGGAGAGACUGGGGAAUACAAAAUGAUUCUUGUGGUUCGAAAUGAUUUAAAGAUGGGAAAAGGAAAAGUUGCUGCCCAAUGCUCUCAUGCUGCUGUUUCUGCCUACAAGCAAAUUCAAAGGAGAAACCCUGAGAUGCUCAAAGAGUGGGAAUACUGUGGCCAGCCCAAAGUGGUGGUCAAAGCCCCUGAUGAAAAAACCCUGAUUGAAUUAUUGACCCAUGCAAAAAUGCUGGGACUGACUGUAAGUUUAAUCCAAGAUGCUGGACGUACUCAGAUUGAACCAGGUUCCCGAACUGUCCUGGGGAUUGGGCCAGGACCAGCAGACUUAAUUGACAAAGUUACUGGUCACCUUAAACUUUACUAGAUGGGCUUUUGCAUGAUGAUGAUGAUGAUCCUAUCAAGAGUUUUAGAAGCCUGUCAAAUUCUAAAAUUAAAAGCUCAAUUUCUUUCCCCAAUUUAAAUAUUGAGAUGAAAAUAAAAUUUGUUCUUGUGUUUUU